CCAAUGAGAGCGGGAAGCGCUGGGCGCAUCUUUAGGCGUGCGAGGAGGGCUCAUGGCGGAUACUGUGCUGUUCGAGUUUCUUCACACGGAGAUAGUGGCGGAGCUGUGGGCUCACGACCCCGACCCCGGCCCGGGGGGACAGAAGAUGAGCCUGUCGGUCCUGGAGGGUAUGGGGUUCCGCGUGGGCCAGGCUCUAGGCGAGAGACUGCCCCGGGAGACGCUGGCCUUCAGGGAGGAGCUGGAUGUCCUCAAGUUCUUGUGCAAAGACCUGUGGGUGGCUGUGUUCCAGAAGCAGAUGGACAGCCUGCGCACCAAUCACCAGGGGACCUACGUCCUGCAAGACAACAGCUUCCCCCUCCUCCUUCCAAUGGCCUCUGGCCUGCAGUAUCUGGAGGAAGCGCCCAAGUUCCUGGCCUUCACCUGCGGCCUUCUGCGUGGCGCCCUCUGUACCCUGGGCAUUGAGAGUGUGGUCACCGCUUCUGUGGCAGCCCUGCCUAUCUGUAAGUUCCAGGUGGUGAUUCCGAAAUCUUAAGCCCGCCCUGCACCCGCCGAGCCGCACUGCUGCCCCCAGUCUCACCGGCCUCAGGAGAAGGCGGCUGCAUUGGGCCCCAGGCUGCUGCAUUUGGGGAUGGUGUUGGGGCUAGUGCUGGGGAUCCCAGGCCCUAGGGGUCACAUUUACUCAGGAAGUGGGUAUCAAAGCGAGGUGGGGGUGUCACAGGAGGCAAAGGGGUCCCAGCUGCGGUCAGGACUGGGGUGGGAUUCCUGCCUGCCCACUGCCCAGCAGCUGUUCAAUAAAGGCUGUGUGUGUGGAAUCUGA